CAGUUCUGGAGAGGUGUUGGAGACCAGAGAGGGAGGACAGCUGCCCAAGACUCUGACUGAGAUGUACAUCCACUUCCUCGUGGUUCAGUCCAAACUGAACAUUAAUAUCAUGGAAAUCUGAAACCGAUCAACACUGGAGUCCAGAGACCAGGAAGAUGAUUGAGUCUUUGGGAAAACUGGCUUUUGAGCAGCUGCAGAAAGGCAACCUGAUCUUCUAUGAAUCAGACCUGACAGAGUGUGGCAUCGAUAUCAGAGCAGCAUCAGUGUGCUCAGGAGUGUUCACACAGAUCUUUAAAGAGGAGAGUGGACUGUACCAGGACAAGGUGUUCUGCUUCGUCCAUCUGAGUGUUCAGGAGUUCCUGGCUGCUCUUCAUGUCCAUCUGACCUUCACCAACUCUGGAGUCAACCUGCUGGCAGAAGAACAAACAACCUCCCGGCUACCUAAAUUCUUCAGAGAAACUCUUAAACUAAAACGUCUCCAUCAGAGUGCUGUAGACAAGGCCUUACAGAGUCCAAAUGGACACCUGGACUUGUUCCUCCGGUUCCUCCUGGGUGUUUCACUAGAGACAAAUCAAACUCUCCUACAAGGUCUGAUGACACAGACUGUAAGUAGCUCAAAGACCAAAAAUGAAACAGUCAAGUACAUCAAGAAGAAGAUCAGUGAGAAUCUGUCUGCAGAGAGAAGCAUCAAUCUGUUCCACUGUCUGAAUGAACUGAAUGAUGGUUCUCUAGUGGAGGAGAUCCAACAUUCCCUGAGAUCAGGACGUCUCUCCAUAGAUAAACUGUCUCCUGCUCAAUGGUCAGCUCUGGUCUUCAUCUUACUGUCAUCAGAAGAAGAUCUGGACGUGUUUGACCUGAAGAAAUACUCUGCUUCAGAGGAGGCUCUUCUGAUGCUGCUGCCAGUGGUCAAAGCCUCCAACAAAGCUCGGCUGAGUGGCUGUAACCUGUCAGAGAGAAGCUGUAAAGCUCUGUCCUCAGUUCUCAGUUUGCAGUCAUCUAAUCUGAGAGAACUGGACCUGAGUAACAACAACCUGCGGGAUUCAGGAGUAAAGCUGAUGUCUCCUGGACUGAAGAGUCCACACUGCAGACUGGAAACUCUCAGUCUCUCAGGCUGUAUGAUCUCAGAGGAAGGCUGUACUUUUCUGGCCUCAGCUCUGAGCUCCAACCCCUCCCAUCUGAGAGUGCUGGACCUGAGCUACAAUCAUCCAGGAGACUCAGGAGUGAAGAUGCUUUCUACUUUACUGGAGGAUCCAGAAAACAGAUUGGACACUCUCAGGUAGGGACAGACAUGUACUAAGGGACUCUGCUUCAUGUUGAAUGGAGGAUCUGAGCAAUGGUGUAUCUAAUUUUUAUUGAAGGUCAGAGGCCUGGAACGAUUCAAUUGGCAUAAACAAAAUAAGAUCUAAUCAACUCACCUUUUACUUUACGCAAAGUACAUUCACAGUAAGUACUUGCUUUUCCUUCUGAACUUUUGUUCCGAUAAAGGUA